AUGCUCCGUCCUAAGAAUACCACCUGUCUGUUCUGCUCGUUCAAAGCGGCUCGACAGCGUCCAUCAGCCUCUCAAUGGCCUCUUCAGCAAACCGCUGCGUUUGGGACGAAACUGGCAUCUCGCCCGUCACGAUUUAGCCUUACGAAAGCUCGAGUCGUCAACACCCCCGAGAGAAGACCUGGAGAAGCUGGGCCGGUGGGAAGAAGGAAGCAAGAUGGACCUUUCGGAGGGAUGAAUCUGACGGAAGCCAAAAUUCGUGGUAUACCAGAACGAUCAACCGCAUUCAGGGACCAACCGAACAGUCGAUCAGGAAAUAGAAGAGGUCGAGAUGAUCCAAGGGCAGAUUGGAAGGCGCUGAAAAUGCAGAGAGCCUUGUCGCCAGUGUCCUACAACGCGCGAACGAGAAUAAAAGAGCAUAUGCGACAAGUUGAUACAUUCGAUCAAUUCCCCCUACUCGAAACGGUGAAGAAUUCUAUAUUUACGCAAGCCUUGCCGGGAAAGGAAAAUCUUGUGCCUACGGCGAUACAGAGGAUUGCCAUUCCAGCACUUUUAGGGAGCGAAAGCACAGGAAGAAGAAGGAAAGCCAAUCAACCCGCAGAAGAGAAGGAAUUUUUGUUGGCUGCAGAAACUGGGUCGGGAAAGACUUUGGCAUAUUUAAUACCCACGAUCAACGCUGUGAAGGAGGCCGAUCUUCAUGAUGAGGAAGUGAUAGAGUAUAACAGGGCGAUUGAGGAGGAGAGGACGAGGACAACACCAGCACCUUCGUUUGCGCCAUCUAUGAAAGAUAUGCCGCAUCCUACGACAGCUCGGCCUCGAGCGAUCAUACUUGUUCCAACAUCGGAGUUAGUCAAUCAAGUGGGCGGUGUCAUCAAGGCGUUCUCUCACACCAUUAAAUACAAAUCUGCCAUGAUAUCUUCUGCUGUUAGUGGACAAGUCAUCCGAAACCGAUUGUUUUCUCCUCGAGGAAUCGACAUUUUAGUUUCAACUCCUCAUCUGCUCUCAUCAAUCGCCGACUCCGACCCGAAUAUCCUCUCAAGAGUCACACACCUAAUCGUGGACGAAGCCGACUCACUUCUAGAUCGAGGUUUUUCUCCACUAACCUCUUCUAUUCUCGAUAGAGUUGCGCCUUCAAUGAAGCAAUUGAUUUUAUGCUCAGCGACCAUCCCUCGAAGCAUGGAUACCUUUCUCCGGAAACGAUUCCCGGACAUUCGUCGACUCGUCACUCCCAACCUACACGCCAUUCCCCGUCGUGUCCAACUUGGUGUCGUUGAUAUCGAACGAGAUCCUUACCGCGGCAACAAGCUUCUCGCAUGUGCCGAUUCCAUCUGGUCUAUCGGCAAAGCAGCAGCAGAACACGAUGGACAGGUGGGAGGUGUCAUGGACGUCAAACGCAUCUUAGUCUUCGUCAACGAGCGGGAAACCACUCAAGAAGUCACCGAAUACCUAGUCUCAAAAGGAAUCGACGCCAUCGCCCUCAGCAGAGACACACCCGAGCAGCGCCAACAAGAAAUGCUCGCAACAUUCACCCAACAAGCCCCCUUAACCGCGCCUAAAGUCACUCAUCCCGGAUCUCUGGCCGACAAUCAACCUAACUAUGUUCCUUAUGGCAGUGUUGCCCCUCCCGCCAGGCGGAAGUUGCCAAACACAAAAGUCCUCGUCACCACGGAUCUGGGCUCUAGAGGUAUUGAUACCCUAGCUGUGAGACAUGUUAUCCUCUAUGAUGUUCCGCAUUCGACGAUUGAUUUUAUUCAUCGGCUGGGGAGGACGGGGAGGAUGGGGAGGAGAGGAAGAGGAAUUGUGUUGGUGGGGAAACAUGAUCGCAGGGAUGUGGUGGCGGAGGUUAGGGAUGGGAUGUAUAAGGGACAGCCUCUUAUUUAG